AUGAAUGCUGAUGAUGCAGUUAAUUUACUUGUUCGUCCAGUUACAAACUCUGAUAUUCAUCGUUAUUGUGUCAAACUUGCUGUGUUACCUAAUGGCCUUACAGUUAAUAUAACAAAUUUUGGUUGGUAUUCAGCUUAUUUAUCAGAAACAUAUAUAGAUGCUUGUAAUAUAACUAAUAUUAAUAAUUAUUUACCAAAUUCAUUUCCAUCAAAUACAAUGAUUAUUCUAUAUGAACAUGAAUGUACUAUGACCGAACAUGCAUGGAAUAUUCAAACAAAAUAUGGACAACAAAUAACAUUAAUGAUUAUAACAAAACGAACUGAUUCUGUUUUUCAAUUAACAUAUAAUACAACAACUAUGCCUGUUUCAAUUCCAGUACUUAUUAUUUUAGAUACUGAUUUCAAUAGUAUGAUGAAUAGAUAUAACAAUCCAAAUAAUAUUCAACUAUCAAUUGAUUACGCAGUUAUUACAUCAAAUAAAGUUCGGCCGGCAAUAUUAUUACUGUUUCUAUUAAUUUUAUGUAUUUUUCUUGGUGGUAAUUUUUGGGCAGCUGAUGAAUUUCAACAAAAUAUAGAUACAAAAACAAAUACAACACCGGUUCAAGUGAUAACUAGACAAAAUUCUGUAGCACCAAAUGAAACUUUGCCAACAGCUAACGGUGUGCCGGUUAUUCCUAUGACUUGUUGUUUUAUAGCAGUUAUGAUAUGUUUUGCUGUUGGUUGGCUAUUAUUACUUUAUUUUUUUCCACAAGUUAUGAUUUAUGUGUUACAAGUUAUGUUUUGUAUCAGUUCAUUUACAUGUUUAACAAGAUGUUUGAAUCGUGCAAGUUAUUUAAUACCAUUACUUCGUCGUUAUAAGACACCAUCACAUGCAUUUCGUAAACCAUGUAUAUUUAAAUUAGGUCCAUUGAAUUUAUUUACAAUACUAUCCAUGUCAAUAUCAUUAACACUUGUUGUUAUAUGGUAUAUAUAUCGUUUAACUGAUUGGGCAUGGGUUUUACAAGAUAUACUUGGUGCAGCUAUUUGUAUUUCAGUAACUUCAAUGUAUCGACUCGGCAACAUGCGUGUGAUAACAAUAAUCUUAAUAUUAUUUUUUCUUUAUGAUGUUUUUUUUGUUUUUAUUACACCAUAUAUUCCUAUAUUUCAAAAAUCUUCAACAUCUACAACGCCAGUAACAGCAGCACCAUCAAAUGUAUCAACAAAUAUUCGAUCUACAUCUCGAGAUAUAUCAAGUAAUCCAUCUGUUAUGGAACAAGUUGCUUUAGGUCUUGGAACAAAUGGAGAAUCAAUACCUCUAUUAUUUGCUUUACCGACAUUUAUACCUGAAUCAGAAAUUGAUCCAUGUACCACAGUACGAAUGUCAAUGAUUGGUUUUGGUGAUAUUAUUUUACCGGGUAUUUUAUUAACAUUUUGUAAAAUAUUUGAUAUAGCUAGUGGUAAUCGUUGGCCUGUUUAUUAUCUUCAAUCAAUAAUAGCUUAUUUUGUUGGUUUAUCUUUUACAUAUGUUGCACUUUAUUUAAUGCAAACAGCUCAACCAGCAUUACUUUAUAUUGUACCUUGUUUACUUAUAUCAACAAUAAUUACUAGUUUAAUUCGUCGAGAAUUAAAAGAAAUUUAUACAGGUAAACGUGUACAAUCAAUACUUGAAGGAACAAUACAAGAAACACCUAGAACUUCAAAUAAUAAUGUAGCCAAUCCUGUUGAACAACAAAUAAAUAAUGGAAAUAAUACAUCCAGACAAGAAAUUAAUGGUGAAAACAAUCUAGUCAGACAACAAGCAUAUGAAAAUUAUUCAUAUAGCGACAGUAAUAAUAAUACCGGUGUUAACAAUUUUACUAUACAUGUAUAA